GGGAGGGUCUUUGUGGGCGGAGUCAGCCAGUGACAGGCUCAGUGUCUCCUUCACUUCGCCCUCCAGCCGCACGCACCGGACAGGACAGGCCGCACCAACCUCAGCACAGAUAAAAUGGCUGUCCCACCAUCAUAUGCUGACCUCGGCAAAUCUGCUAGAGACAUCUUCAGUAAAGGAUAUGGUUUUGGGCUGGUGAAACUCGAUGUGAAGACUAAGUCUGCAAGCGGAGUGGAGUUUACAACAUCCGGAUCAUCAAACACAGACUCUGGGAAAGUGAAUGGCAGCUUAGAGACCAAAUACAAAUGGGCUGAGUACGGACUGACUUUCACAGAGAAAUGGAACACCGAUAACACUUUGGGAACAGAAAUUGCCAUUGAAGACCAGAUUGCUAAAGGCUUAAAGCUGACAUUCGACACAACUUUUUCACCAAACACGGGGAAGAAAAGUGGUAAGGUCAAGGCGGCUUACAAGCGCGAGUAUGUGAACCUCGGCUGUGAUGUGGACUUCGAUUUCGCUGGUCCUGCAAUCCAUGGCUCGGCAGUAGUGGGCUAUGAAGGCUGGCUGGCAGGUUAUCAGAUGACCUUUGAUAGUGCCAAAUCCAAACUUACCAAGAACAACUUUGCAGUGGGUUACAAGACAGGCGACUUCCAGCUCCACACCAAUGUUAAUGAUGGAUCCGAAUUUGCUGGCUCUAUCUACCAGAAAGUCAGUGACAAAUUGGAGACUUCAGUCAACCUUGCCUGGACAGCUGGCAACAACAGUACCCGGUUUGGCAUUGCUACCAAAUACCAGCUGGACUCAAAUGCGUCUAUCUCUGCAAAGGUGAACAAUGCCAGUCUUGUUGGUGUAGGUUACACCCAGAACCUCAGGCAUGGGGUGAAACUGACUCUAUCUGCACUGGUAGAUGGAAAGAACAUAAAUUCCGGUGGCCACAAACUUGGCUUAGGUUUGGAAUUGGAGGCUUAAGCACUUUUUCUCUUCUGUCUGCAAGAGACAUCAAGGGAUAUCCAGGAAUAUUGGCCUUACCUAUAUAUUUGUUUUCAAAACCAUAACCAGCAAACCUUAUCUUUUGCCUCCCUCUGUCUCUCCCCCCACCCACUUCAGACAUAGGACAGGAGCUGUAUUGAAGUAGAAAUUCCAUGUUGUUUGGAUGAGCCUAGUUAAAGCCAACAAGGGUAGACUUCUCCUUUGGAUCCCUACAGUGAAGCACUCCCUUACACGUUAUUUAAAUGUGUAUAUUUAACUAUUUUGUAGUGCUUCCCACCACGGUUGACAUAGAACUCUGAUGAGGAGAAGCUCAAAAUGUACAUGUGUAUGCAUGUUUGUUUUUAUGUUCCUUUUUAACAUUUGAUAACGCUAAGUCCAACACAAGCUUCGGAGCCGUAAAUCUGACCGAUCGGAAGGGACAGCGGUUUUGAGUGAAUCACCUUUUACUUUGUGAGGGUUUUUGAUAUCCCAAACAUUAAGAAUUAUGAAUAAAAAUAAAACUUACAUGUGGAA